AUCGACGUCAACAAAACUACUCACUCAACGUUCAUUGAAUUUGCCGGACAAACUUUUGGUGCAUUUGUGGAAACUAUGGAGGCAUUAUAUUCCUUACCAUUUACUGUGCUCGAAUUACCUAAUUUUAAGAUAAAGAAGCCAACAUGGUUGCAGCCCCCGUCAGCUAUGACCACAUUCUCAUUGGUAUUGUUAUCGUACUUUUUGGUCACUGGAGGUAUUAUUUAUGAUGUGAUAGUGGAACCACCCAGUGUGGGGUCGACUACAGACGAGCAUGGGCACAGUAGACCCGUGGCGUUCAUGCCGAACCGCGUCAACGGUCAAUACAUUAUGGAAGGCCUAGCGUCAAGCUUCCUGUUUUCACUGGGAGGACUAGGAUUCAUUAUCCUAGACCGCACUGACAACCCUUCCACUCCAAAGUUGAAUAGAAUCCUACUUGUGUCUGUAGCUUUCUUGUGUAUUCUUGUCUCUUUCUUCACAACCUGGAUAUUCAUGAGAAUGAAGCUCCCGGGAUAUUUACAGAACUAAUGUUUCAUGUAAUUUUUUAAAUUGUAAGUGCUAUCUCUAUAUUAAAUCUAAUUUUAAUAAACAUUUUUAUAGAGAA